UUGUAAAAACCCUCUCACCCUUCAGAUUGAAGGCACCAUAAUGGCACCAGAUGGACCGGAUUCAUGGCCCAAGAAUGUGACGAAGAAACAGUGGCUGGUUUUCUACAGAGUGAAUGGAAUGUCUAUGCGAGGGGGUGGAGUGGUUGACGGCAGAGGCGAGAAAUGGUGGAACCUUCCCUGCAAACCCCACAAGGGAGUAGAUGGGACAACUCUACCAGGUCCUUGUGACAGCCCAGUGUGAGCAGGCUUUAAGGUUCUUCACAAGCUCAAAAUUGAGGGUGGGGGAGCUUACGAUAAAGAACAGCCCAAUGUUCCAUUUCCGGUUUGACCACUGCAAUGAGGUCCACAUUGAUUCACUCCACAUCAUAGCACCCCCACACAGCCCCAACACUGAUGGAAUCCACAUUGAGAACACUUAUGAUGUCACUAUACAAAACUCCAUAGUCUCCAAUGGUGAUGACUGUAUAUCCAUUGGAGCAGGCUCUUACAAUGUAGAUAUAAGCAACAUGACUUGUGGCCCUGGUCAUGGGAUUAGUAUUGGCAGCCUGGGCAUGAAAAAC